UCCAGAGAAGAGGAGCUGUUAGCUGAGCGCCAUUUUAGUGUCGAGCUCAGCCGGGAAAUUCAACAUCAGAUUGAAUAGAGAAAUAAUCUCACUGUUCCAUCAUGCAUCGUGACUGCCCGCUGGACUGUAAGGUCUACGUGGGAAAUCUAGGCAAUAAUGGUAAUAAAGCAGAGCUGGAAAGAGCUUUCGGGUAUUACGGGCCGCUGCGUAGCGUGUGGGUGGCCAGGAACCCGCCCGGUUUCGCCUUUGUCGAGUUUGAGGACCCAAGAGACGCCACAGAUGCUGUUCGAGAGCUGGACGGCAGGACUCUGUGUGGUUGCCGCGUGAGGGUCGAACUGUCCAACGGGGAGAAGCGAUCUCGGAACAGGGGUCCACCACCUUCCUGGAGCAGACGCCCUCGUGAUGAUUACCGCCGCCGGAGCCCCCCUGCCAGGCGCAGAUCUCCCCGCAGGAGGAGCUUCAGCCGCAGUCGAAGCAGAUCGCUCUCAAGAGAGCGCAGGAGGGAGAGAUCUCUGUCUCGGGACAGGAACCACAAACCAUCUCGAUCCUUCUCCAGAUCCAGGAGUCGCUCCAGAUCUAACGACAGGAAGUGAAAAGUUAAGAUCACGAAGAACAGAAGGAUCUUUGUGAAAAGAUUGAUUUUUAAACUCCAGUGUAAUGAACUCUGAAGUCACUGUUUCGUUAGCUUUCCUUGGUUUCCAUUAUUUUAUACACAGGUCUGAUGUUUUAGAGCAGUUGUGUGUGUGUGUGAGAGUGUGUGUGUGUGUGUGUGUGUGUGCGCGAGCUUCAGAGUUCAUCCAUCACCAUUCCAUCACAUCCUUUUUAAAUUCGAGUGUAAGUGAUAUCAUUUCCCCCUUGCUGGUCGUGCAUGGAAUGUUUCUGAAUGUUAUCAUCAGUCCCUCUUACACGUGUUUCUCCUGUAUAGAAGACGUGAUGUGACAUUUAUGUUUAGUUUGGCACAGUAAAGUUGAAGGUUCAGUUGGUGCUUGAGAGCAAAGCUGGAAAAGUUCGGCACCAUGACCUUGUUUUGGCUCUUUUGCCUUCAUACAUAUUUUUUUUUUCCUCUGUAGUCUUUGUACUGUUUGUAAUGGUCAUCUGAAAUUAAAACUUCAUUUCAGGAUAA